CUCUGUUCUCUACUCAGUUCCCCUAAGCUUCAAGAAUUCCUCCAAAGGUAAUGCUUCCUCUUUCUCUACUAUGUUUGUAUUUAGCAUUGUCCCUGAAUUUCAAUCCCCGAAUCGCGGAUUUGGAAUGUCGUUUUCGAUUAUACCCACAAAAGGUGUCCCUGGAGCUGAAUCACCCUCCAAACUCUACGGCUUGCUCAAUAAAACAGUAGAUGGAGACCCGAAAAAUCAUGCCAUCGCCGUCGAGUUUGGCACAUCUCAAUUGGCGGAUUUUGGGGAUACCAAUGACAACCAUGUCGCUCUUCGGGUCAAUAGCAUCAAAUCAACUGAAUCCACUCCUGCGGGUUACUUCACUAAUGGUGAAUUCAGGAACCUGAACCUUGCAAGUGGAGAACCAAUACAGGCAUGGGUGGACUAUGACGGCACUGUAAAGCAACUCAAUGUCACAAUAUCGCCUUUGAACAUAAAUAAGCCAGAUCAUCCACUCGUAAGUACGAGAAUUGAUCUUUCGCCAGUGUUCUUAGACGAAAUGUUUGUGGGUUUUAUUGCAGUCGUUGGUGCAAAUCAGUCUCAGUAUGUUCUAGGUUGGAGUUUUCAAUUAAAUGGAAAAGCCAAGAAACUUGAUCUUUCUAGACUUCCCACUAUUCCACUCGGAAAGAAGUCGAGAAAGAGAGAGAUGAUUUUGGCAUUUGGAUAUUCCUUUUUAGGAGUAUUCUUGUUGUCACUCACAAUCUUUGCCAUUUUUUUCUUGAUCAUUAGAAGAAAAGCUAAAUUGACUGAAAUACUCGAAGAUUGGGAGGUUCAAUAUGGGCCUCACAGGUUUCUGUACAAGGACCUUUUUGUAGCCACCAAAGGCUUCAGAGAAAAUGAGCUUCUGGGAAGAGGGGGAUUUGGUCGGGUGUAUAGAGGCGUCCUACCCGUUUCAAAUAUGCAAGUUGGGGUGAAGAGAAUCUCACAUGAUUCAAGACAAGGAAUGAGAGAGUUUGUAGCAGAGAUUGCUACGAUUGGGAGGCUGCGACACCCCAACUUGGUGCGACUCCUUGGCUAUUGUCGACAAAAAGAGGCAACUCUUAAUUGGAAUAAAAGAUUCAAAAUCAUCAAGGAUGUGGCAUCUGGACUUUCCUACUUGCAUGAAGAAUGGGUGGAAGUAAUUAUUCACAGAGACAUCAAGGCCAGCAAUGUGUUGUUAGAUGGAGACUUCAAUGGAAAAUUAGGAGAUUUUGGAUUGGCAAGAUGUAGCCACCGGGAUAAGGAUUCUCAUACAACUGAUUUAGCCGGCACAUUGGGCUACAUUGCACCUGAGCUUACUAAACAUGGCAAGGCAACUACAAGCACUGAUAUGUUUGCAUUUGGUACAUUUUGCUUAGAGGUUGCUUGUGGAAGGAGACCAGUCGACUCGAAGGCACCAUCUAAAGAGGUGAUUCUUGUGGACUGGGUACUGGACUGUUUGAUAGGAGGGAAACUCUUGAAGAUGGCAGAUCCCAAACUAAAGAAUGAGUUUGAGGUGGAGGAGAUGCUAUUAGUAUUGAAGGUUGGAUUACUUUGUUCACAUCCUGUUGCGGCAGUCAGGCCAAGCAUAUCUCAAGUUUUGUUGUACUUAAAGGGCUAUGCUCCAGUGCCUGAAAAUUUGGAUGCCCUUCUUUCGACGCAUGAGCUCGAUGCUAUUAUGCUGAACCAUUCUGUUUACGAAACAAAACAUUCUACGCCAUUGGUAACAGUCACUGAAGAGUUAACAGGGCGUUAA